AUGCCGUUGAUGACCAACCUUUGUGCCAGUGACAAGCGCAGGUUGUACGGGUUGAAGAUUGAGGCGUCCGUGCCACCGCAAGGAUUCUUCGUCGACAUGAGUGAAGCCCAUCCUGGUGCAGCGUCGGACCUUACCAUCAUGCGAUCCCGUUUGCACGUUCACCAAAGUGCACAUGACUGA